CCGUCAGCCCCAACCAAUAGCAUACAAGGCAGAAGGUGAAACGACAAUUCUGCAACAGUUAUAAGCAUGUGCUUUUACGACCAGAAGAUCUUUGUGUGCGGAGACUGGAGCUGGGCCAAGUUUGCUCACCGUUGCAAUUACGAGUAUCGAACUGGCGAGACAUGCGGCAUGAGACUCGUUAACCAAACUGAGAGGGAGCAAACACCAUGCCGCCUUUGCGAAAAGAUCGAAACCAAGCAUCGUCGGCGAAUCGCCGAGAAGGAACGGCUGGACCGAUGGCAACGAGAAGGAAGCAAUCUUGUGGCCUCGAUGGAUAAAUCGAAGAACACGAUACUGGAGCUUGAAAAGGAGAUCGCCGCCCUGAACAGCGAGCGCAUCAGUCAAAGGACACAGAUGAUUGGGCGGUCUUGAGUCGACACCGGAGAGUGGCCUGUCUUUUUGUUCCUGUUUCUUUUCGCCUCUUUCUCUUUUUCUUUUUCCUAUAAUAUU